CACUGUUGCAGAACAGACCGGGCAUUUUUGAUGACACUGCAUUUCCAGCUUCUGUGUCCAGCUAGCUAACAAAGUGACAGAUAGUUUUAAGGUUCUCAGAGAAGGGAGGAAGGGACGUGUUAUCCAGCUCUUGAAAGGAAGAGGCAGAAACAGAGACAAAGAAAAUAAACAAGUAAGGAUAAGGAUGCUCUGAUUAGUUUUAAUUUUGUUUCUAAUGGGUUUGAAAGUGAAAGUCUCUGCUUGUAAUUUGUUCUCAAGUGCAUGGGGAGCUAGUCAUAUGCCUGCUUUACUUGUAAAGAUUAUCUGUAUUCGCUGCAUCCUGUCUUGUGAGGCGUAGGACAAGCCAGCUUAUUAGCAUCAGUGUCUGUGAACACAGGCCCAGAUACACCUGACCAGCAGGGAGCUGUGUGCAGGUGUUCUAGACAGAAAAGUGUACUUUUAUAUGUACUGUAUUGUGUGAAUUCCGUUUUGGUAAUGCUAAUAGUGGGGGCCUAGCUAGCAAGUGCUCUUUGAGAUACAAUGUGCCUGUGAAGCUGGCAAGCAGUGGGCACUUAUUGCUUGUGGUAGACAGCGAGAAAGGGCAUCUGUUUGUACGGAUUAGCAUGUAAUAGAAACACUGAUAACUUGUUUCCUGCUUCUGCUGGUAAGGCUGGCACUGUACUUUCUCAUAUAGAGCAGAUCAUUCUUUUCGCAUUGGAGACAUUUUCUUGUGCAAAAUAACCGGAUAAACGGACCAACACUUACCUAUAUGGGACAGAGAAAAAGGCAGCCCAUUUGCUUCAGUCUGUUCACUGCUUCUGGAAGAUAGACAGCCAGGCAGAUUCCUCUCUUUGUGAGCAGGACUAACAGAGGUUACAUUCUGUCUCUUUUUGUGGUGAGGGGCAGAGAGGCGAAGCUGCAUGUGUUAUUUAAGAAGUAGGCUGCUGUCAUGAAGAUAAAAAAGAAGAAGUCACUGCCUCCCCGGGCACAUCUCUACAUUGUGGAGGGGGAACCUCAAAGCACCGAGUCGGGCAGCUUUGUGGACAGCCCAUGCAAUCAGGCCACUUACCGCAGUGAGCGCUACGAUACCAGCCCUCCAGUGCCCCCACCACAUCAUCCCCCGCCACCUCCUGCCAGCUUGGCUUGGUCUCAGAGAAGCCGUCAUCAACCAGCCAGCCUGGCACUACGAAAGCAGGAAGAGGAGGAGAACAAGAGGUCAAAGGCUCUGUCAGACAGCUAUGAGCUCUCAACGGAUCUGCAGGAUAAGAAGGUGGAGAUGCUGGAAAGGAAGUACGGUGGCUACUUCCUGAGCCGCAGGGCAGCUCGGACCAUACAGACAGCUUUCCGUCAAUACCGGAUGAACAAGAACUUUGAGAGGUUGCGUAGCUCAGCCUCUGAGAGUCGCAUGUCCCGCCGUAUCAUCCUUUCCAAUAUGCACAUGCAGUACUCAUUUGAUGACAGAGAAGCAGCAGAGAACCGAGGGCAAGCCCAGGCACAAGGACAAACUCAAGGGCAAAUCCAAGGCCAAGGGCAACAGUAUUCAAGUCACCAGACUUCCUCCAAUAGCAACAACACCACAGAGCUGGACCCCAGCAACAACACAGUAGGAGGUGCUUCUGAGUAUCGUAACGAGAUCACUGAUUUAGAAGACAGCUUCUCCAAACAGGUAAAAUCUCUUGCUGACUCAAUUGACGAUGCCCUGACCUGCAGACCCUCACGUUCAGACUCACGAGAAGGAGGCAGUGGCGGUGAAGGUGGAGUGGAGGACUUUGGAGAGGAUGGGAGUAUCUGGAGCAGUAGCAAUCCACGCAGUAGCCGCAGAGGGGGAGGUGUUCAGCACCAUGAGGACAGCACUGCCACAUCUUAUAGCGAUGUCACACUGUAUAUGGAGGACGGAAUACCAUCAUCUCCUUUGUCUCUGGACCGGGCACCAAGCAGCACUGACACAGAAUACUGGGGGAUUGGCGGAGGAGCAGGGAGGGAAGAUAGCAGGGACACAGAAGGGGGUGGUAGUAACAGUAGGCGCAGUACCCCAUGCAUGGAAUGCCGGGACUACCGCUUGCGAGGAGCACAUUUACCCCUGCUGACAAUAGAGCCACCCAGUGACAGUUCCGUGGAUAUGAGUGAUCGAUCAGAUCGGGGGUCACUAAGUCGACAGCUUAUGUAUGAGCAAGAGUCCAGCUGCACAGGAAUAGGGUCCCCUCAGGGCACCCUGAAACACAGUCCAGCUAGCCGUUCUGCCCCUCAAGGGCAAACCAGGACACAAGGACGUUCACAUCAUCACCAUCAUCAGCACCAGUACCCAGAUCCUCCAUCUAGCUCUGUGGAUACAGGUGUUUCCUCUUCAGGGCCUGGCAAUAACAGCAGCAGCACCCUAAGCAAUGUCAACAAUAUGAACAGCAGUGAACCCUGCUGCUCUGAUGGGGACAACGAUUCUCUUAACAGCACCACCAACUCCAACGAGACCAUCAACUGCAGCUCAGGGUCCUCUUCCCGGGACAGCCUACGGGAGCCUCUCCCCCCAUUAGGCAAGCAGACAUACCAGAGAGAGAGCCGGCACAGCUGGGAUUCCCCUGCUUUUAACAAUGAUGUGGUGCAGAGAAGACAAUAUCGCAUUGGGCUCAACCUUUUCAACAAAAAGCCAGAAAAGGGAAUCCAGUAUCUAAUAGAACGUGGCUUUGUUUCGGACACUCCUGUGGGCAUUGCACGCUUCAUUUUGGAACGGAAGGGACUUAGCCGGCAAAUGAUUGGGGAGUUCCUUGGCAGCCGACAGCAGUUUAAUAAGGAUGUCCUAGACUGUGUUGUUGAUGAGAUGGAUUUUUCUGGCAUGGAUCUGGACGAUGCACUUCGAAAGUUCCAGGCUCAAAUUCGAGUCCAGGGUGAAGCUCAGAAAGUGGAAAGGCUUAUCGAAGCCUUUAGCCAAAGGUAUUGUGUGUGCAACCAAGCACUGGUUCGGCAGUUUCAAAAUCCAGAUACCAUCUUUAUUUUGGCAUUUGCCAUAAUUCUGCUCAACACGGAUAUGUAUAGUCCCAGCGUGAAGCCAGAAAGAAAAAUGAAGCUAGAUGACUUUAUCAAGAACUUGCGAGGCGUUGAUAAUGGGCAGGACAUUCCAAGGGACCUCCUAGUGGGGAUCUAUCAACGCAUUCAGAAAUGGGAGCUACGGACAAACGAUGACCAUGUCUCACAGGUUCAGGCUGUUGAACGGGUCAUUGUGGGAAAGAAGCCUGUAUUAUCAUUGCCUCAUCGUAGACUUGUGUGCUGCUGCCAGCUGUAUGAGGUCCCUGACCCCAACCGCCCACAGAGGACAGGUGUACACCAGCGGGAAGUUUUCCUCUUCAAUGACUUACUUGUAGUAACAAAGAUCUUCCAAAAGAAAAAGACAUCAGUAACUUACAGUUUUCGCCAGUCUUUCCCUCUGGUGGAGAUGCAAGUACACUUGUUCCAAAACUCAUACUACCCCUAUGGCAUCCGACUGACAUCAGCAAUUCCAGGUGGGGAGAGGAAAGUUCUCAUAAUCUUUAAUGCCCCAAGUCAACAAGACCGAACCCGGUUUUCAAGUGACCUACGAGAAAGUAUUGCUGAAGUCCAAGAGAUGGAGAAAUACAGAGUGGAAUCUGAACUGGAGAAACAGAAAGGAGUCAUGCGGGCAAGUUUAGCAGGACCAGGGCCUGUGGUCGGUGGAGUAAAAAAUGACACAGUGAAUGGAACUUUGAACCGCCCCAGUCUGGAUGACAGCUAUGCAACAGGAGAAGGACUCAAGCGGACAGCGUUGAGUUCUUCUCUGCGAGACCUGUCAGACGCAGGGAAACGUGGCCGCAGGAACAGUGUUGGAUCUUUGGACAGCACAAUUGAAGGCUCCAUUAUUAGCAGUCCCCGGCCACAUCAACGUCUCCCAAUGGGGUCUCCAGGAUGUUAUGCCACAGAUGACUACAGACUGCACAGGCAAGUCAUGGCAGGAGGAGGGUCCGCCCCACUUGGUGGAGGUGGAGUCACUAACAGCAGCUCAGGCUCUUUCCUGGGCUCCCUUUUCGGAAACAAGCGCUCUAAGCCUGGUCCAAUCAUUCCACCAGGACCACACUAUCCAGCUCCUGUGCCUCCUCCAACCACUGGAGGUCCUCCUCCACAUAGCCCAUCCUCCCUGAGUCAGUCUGAAGGUGGCCAGUCAAAAAUACAGGCUCUACAUGCUCAGUACUGCCACAGUGCACAGCCAAUGUCCUCAAGUCAACCACCACCUCCAUAUCAUCAUCACCACAGGUACCAUAUGCAGACUGUCCAGAUGGUGCCCCCAGCCCCACCACCUGGACAGGCCCCACCUCCACCUCAUCACACCAUUCAAAGGGGAUCUCUUCCCAAGAGAGGUCCCCAGUCUGCCUCCCAGCAUGCCCAGCAACAAAUGUCCCAGCUUUCCCAGCUUUCUCAGCACACGUUGCAUGGACGCUAUGCUAAUCUAUCCAAUUUGUCCACUAUUGCCAACAUUUCUAAUCUCGGAAAUAUUCCUAAUAUGGCUUCACCUCUUCCUCCUAUGCCUCCUCACUCACCCCUCCCUCCUCCGCAUUCACCACUUCCUCAGUACUCUCCAUACCCAGUCCAGCAGACCCUGCAUUCCCAACAUGCUAUUCAGCGCCCUAAACCCCAGCAGCAACACUUUGUUUUUGCUACUGGAACCACCUCCACUGCCUCUCACCAUUCCCGCCAUGCCCAGCAAAUACAACAUUCAGGUCAUGCCACCCAUCCAGGGCAUUCUCACCAAUACGUGCCCCAGUACCCUCCACUGUCCUCCAUCCCACCGCCCCCCCCCCAUUCGCCGCUGCCCCCGCCCACUUCCCCCCUUACCCCCCUCACCCCGCUGUCGCCCUUGCCACCCCAGCACGCUGGCCAGUCGCAGCAGGCCGCGCCGCAGGGGGGCCAGGGAGGGGCGGGUACUGGGGGCAGCGGCAAAUCCAAACCCAUCAACCGCAUCAGUACCGUGGUGUGAGAAGGAGGGGGGUCGGGAGAGGGAGAGUGCGCAGAAGAGUGCGAGAGAGAAGGAAGGUAAUCAUGAAAGUGUGGAGCUGCUGUUAAACACAGUCUUCAUCCAUCUCCCCAGUUGGAAGGUCAGCACCUGUCUCCUGCCUUUGAUAUGAACCCAUGUGCAAACAAAAACUAUUGCAGGGCAUCAACGAUAAAAGCAUGACACCAGACACAGUGACUGCAUCCAUUUGGGAUCACCAAGACUGUCUUGGACGACAUGCCAGUGUGUGUCCCUGGGACGUAAAUGUGCCAAAUUUGUCUGCCAUUUGUACGCCAAAUUAAGAAUCCUCCAGCUUUUCAAGCACUCAAGGAAACCUUUGCCAGACCUACAAAGAAGAUGCUCUUGCUGACCACUUGACACCCGAGACAAGUGGACCUGGAGUGGAUGGAGAGGUCAUAAUCAUCUUUUUAUCAAGAACUCCAGAAAAUAGUCAAGCUGAUUUGUGAAGACAAUGAUGCAUUGUCAGGCAUGAUAAAUUAAAACAGAAUAUUAGCAUGUAAGCAGUAAGAUGAAAAUUAACCAAGGAAAAAUGUGCAAAGGGUCGUGAGAAAGUGAAGCAGACUGGUAGAAUUAGCCGUUCUUAUUUUAGUUAUAAUGAUAACAUUUCAUUUUGGUAAAAGGAAGAGUUUGACUGGGUGUAUGCAAGUGUCCCUGGAUGCUGAACAAACUUGUCAAAUGUAGGCUCAUGCUUCUUCCAGACAAUAAAGGGGCUCAUAUAUGUGCACGGGGCAAAUUAAAUCUUUUUUAGCACAUAGAAAGAAGAAUUUUACUUCGUAAUAAAGGGCUUAAGUGUUUUAAUCGUCCAGAAAUUUUGUUUAAUUUGCACUGUGCACAUGGAAAAAAUUUUCAAAACCAAGGCACACACUUCCAAGUGUAUAAGAACUGGCCAACUCUCAGAUUCUUGCAAAACUGUCUUAUGUUCGCCUAGAAUCCCAAAACAGCCAAACUGACACUUUGAAAAUGUGCCUGUUCCGAGCUGUUCUGUUGUGAUUCAUAUGUAGAGGAGUAAAGAAAAUGUUGUAGAGUUUAUACAGAGUGAAUCCAAAGUGCAGUGGACGAGAUACAAAACAGACUGAGGUAAUUAAAAGAUGCUUCUAGAAACAAUUGGACUUGUAGGACAUAGACAGGUAUAACAAUGCCCCAAGUAGUUGUAUAAAGCUAAAAUACGCACUGACUGUAACAGACAGAAAGAUAAGAGACACAACAACACAUUUAUUAGAUAGCCUAGAGCAUGAACCUAAAAAAGACAAUCUCAAAUAAGAGGGGAGGCACUAGGGCAGAAAGUAAAACCUGGAGACACAAAUAGUAAAUAACAAGAAACGGGGCAUGUUAGAGCUUGAAACAAAAAGAUAAGAACACAAGCUAUAACAUGAAGUAGACAAACAAAUAAGGAUACACCCAGGCUGGAAUUACACAUAAAAGAAAUGCACUGGAACCCAAAUAACAUAAAAGGAACAGGCCAUGCAUUCAGAAAGUUUCUUAACAAAGCUGUAUAGGUUUUAAAGUACAGGCGUCCAUGAGCAGUGAAGGGUCUUGCAGCAUUUACCCAUUGCCUCAUACAGGUUGGCAGUUGUGGCAUCCAAGUAAGCCUGGUAGGAUUCACCAUGUGACAAUCUCAUAGACACUAAGAAAAGGAGACAAUCAUCUCUAGACUGAGUGACAGACAAAUUAAUAUCACUGAGUAGUUCUUCAGAUAGAAAAUGGACCUGGCUUUCCCAACCCCAGUUAAAGACAGGUUGCCAAAAAAGUGUGGUUUUUCAUAUUGUUCAGUAUACCCAGCAUGUACUUCACCACAUGAGAGAUAAAAAGUGUUGCUUCAGCCCUGCAGAAUUACCAGGAGGCACUGGGGACACAUGAAAAUGAAGGAACAUGUGAUGGAUUCCUACAACAGAGAGAAGAAUUUCAUAGAUUUUUUAAAAAAUAAAUUAGAAAAUAGUUUAGUUUUUUUUUUCAGUUUAAUUUGCUGCUGCGAGUUUACACUUGUUCUGGACACCCACGUUGCAAUUGUAACUCACUACUAACUGGCAUGGUUAAAACUGGAGCAGGUGAAGGAUAGGCCAGGCAAGUUAACAGCUCUGACGUCCAUGCUGACUUUAGGGAAGUUAUGAAACUGCUAUCCUGGAGCUGUGACCCUGAAUCAGCAAGUACCUUGACUUGUAUGUAGUAAGUGAGGAAGGGAUUCAAAGUUUAGAAUGUGAAAUACCACAAAAACAGGACUGUGAAGACCAACUCUAUAUUAAAAAUGGGCAACAGAAAUUACUGCAGGGUUAUAAAAGCAUGCCAAGUGGCUCACACCUACAACUUUACGACUUAUUUACUAAAAACCAUAAGAAUUAGGUGUGAAUAUUUCUGUUUUCCUUCCAAAACAUUAUAAAAUUUUAGCUGCUUGCAUAAAUUUUUGUUUUUCUUCUCAUCUUUUGCUAAGCUUACAACAAAAUUCAGUUUCAGUCAAUUAUAAGUGAAAAAAGUGAGAAGAAAUUAGCUCUGUUGACCAAAGGUGGCAAAACAUCAAAUCUAAACAUUCUAAAGGUAGAGCUGGGUUACGUUUCAUGUCUCUGAAUUCCCAGAAAAGUCAGACUUCACAGCAGAAAACUUGUUACUCAAUUACUACUCGAAACAAAUGCAGGGGUAAAAGAAGAACUGCCCAAAGAUUGCUCAGUGAGUAGGUGAGUUAAUUGCAACGCAGCUAAAUUAGGCAUGGAUCGCUUGCCUCUAAUCCUUUAUUAACGCUUGAGUCCUGAUGCUCCUGUAGAACCCUAAGGACAGUCUACGUUAUGCUAUAAAGAUUAGUGAGACUCUCUCAGUAGCCAAGCAUCCAACCAAUGGACCAGAGUUGGAAGGAUUAGAUGCUGGCAAAUCCAGAGCUCAGCAAAGAGGACAGGUGUUGUUUUAAUUCUGGAAAAAAAAAGAGCCUAUUUUCUGCCAACAGUGUUAUUGAUUAUUAUUAUUGAGAAAAGAAAUUAUUCUUCUUAUGCUGAACAAUGGUAUAUAUAAAGUUAUACAUAUAAAUAAUAUAAAUAUAAUUAAUUCUUCAGAAUAUUGACUGUAUAUGGCUGCUUGACAACGUGUGGUUGCUGUGUGAAAUAUUUAUAAUUAUUAUUGAUUAUUCUAUUUCUAGCGCUAUUCUGUAUGUUUUAUUUUUUUCAUCCUAUUAUGAUGAUAAUUAGGCCGCUCAGUUUUUUUUUUUGUUUUUUUUUGGACAAAAUGUUUGAUGAAGUUUUGUGAUUUUUUGCACAUCAAUUUAUUCAUUUCAGUGGUCAGUUAUUAAACAGUGUGCGCAGCACGUUGUGAGGUUGAAUUUUUUUCACUCUGUUGUUUUUUUUUUCAAUUUGCAAUGCAAUGAUAUUUUCUUCAUUGACAACUUAAAAUGAACAAUUUAUACAUUUAUGAAGAUACCAUAUAGAGAUUUUAUUGAAGACUGCAGAAUUCCUGUAUGCCCCAAUGCUGCUUUCUCCUUGACGUGAUUUUUUCCUACCCAAUGUUCUGUCCGAGUCUCUCUCUGCUACCUUGCUCUCACCAUCCCAGCCCCUUGUAUGACAUAGCUCUCCACCAGUCUCCUUCUGCCCAAACUCCUCAACUACCAGUUCAGGUAUUGAAGCAUACAGCUUUCCACCUGCUGCUGGAUGGUGCCAUGUGAUACACAUUCCUCCUUAGUGUUAAGGCAGUAUGUUGUUUUGUAGUCUUGUAUAUCGUCUCCAGUUCCAUCUGUGGUUUCCAGUUCUUACCCAUUAAUUACUUUUUGAGUCAUAAUUCUGUCAUAUUUCUUGAGAAACUUGACCUGUAGCUUUUGUAACCAAACUGGCAUGGAAUGAUGCCAGUUUUAUUAAGUCUGGUUUGCAUGUCAUGUUCAAUAUUUAUAGUUGUUUUGGGCUCUUUUAUA